CUACCCACACUACGUGCAGGCCUCCUUAGGUAUUACCCAACACCUCUGCUGCCCUGCCCUACCCUGGUCCUCUUCUUUGCCUCUGCAAGCCAGGGCAAUGACUCACGUGAGCGACGCAUACUUGUACUCAACAGCAGACCUCAGAUACACCUUAAGGGUGGACCGUCGACGGCACUCCCGCCCGUUAAAACACGACCUAUUUCCUUGUUGACGUCACACCUGCUGUAGCGUUGGAGCAGGGGGGGACACACCGACCCUGUACACGCGCGUUACUGUUGAGAAACCGAGCUCUGGUGUUUAGAAUGAAAACCCUGGAUUUGGACUUUUCUACGGAAGCAUGACCAAGUUCCUGAAGUAUGCGGUUUUGAUGGUCCUGAUUUGGCCUAUCACGCUCUUAGGGGAUGUUCAGACCUCUGACUUUGACUUGAGUAUAAGGAGGACACGGAGAGACUUGCACUGCAAAAUCUACGAGGAAUACCUGCAUGGCAGCAUCUGCUGUUUGAACUGUCCGGCUGGUACCCGUAUGAUGUCUCCAUGCACAGUAGAAGGGCGGAGGGGAGGGUGUGAGGAGUGUGAUGAAGGAACAUACACUGAACACUCCAACGCACUGAGGCGGUGUUUUAGGUGCACUGAGUGUCGCUCUGAUGAGGAGAUCGUGAAGCCCUGCACUCGGACUCAAAACACUGAAUGUCAGUGCAAAUCAGGAGGAUUUUGUCCUCCAGAUCAAGCAUGUGAGACCUGCAAGAAGUGUUCAAGGUGUCAAAAGGAUGAGGAAAUAGUGAGGAACUGCACUUCAACCUCCAACACAGUGUGCAAAAAGACCCGGCCCAGUCCUGAGUCCACCUCAGCAGGAAAGGAAGCUAUAAUAAUUUCACUUUCACUGCUUGCUGCUGGAGUUCUCUCCCUUGUUGUCGCCCUUUUCCUGAGGAGACGUUGCAAAGCAACAGAAUCUCUUAGAAGUCAGCAUGUUGGGCUUAAAGCUGUACAACAAUACAGCGACAACUGUCAGACCGACGAAAGGAGGAACGGCGCCACCAAAAGGCUGAGCUGCUCAAGUCUGGGCCUGCCUGGCCACCUGGUGAGAAUCAAAGGUUCUGCCAUGGAUGAGCAUGAGACGUUGUGUGAAAGCCUCAGCAGCUCAGCCAGUAACUCCCAGCACAGUCUAACAGGCCUGCCAUCCUCUACAUGCUCCACAUCUCCCCCUCCAGCUGGUUUCAUGAUUCCACAGUCACACCAGAGGGAUGAUGAAGAAUUUCUCAAGCUUGUUCCUGUUAAUGGUGAAGAAUCUUUGAGGAAAUGCUUCGAAUAUUUUGAAGAAAUAGACGUUGAUUACCACAAGAGAUUCUUCCGUCAGCUUGGGAUUUCAGACAAUGUGGUGAAAAGCAAAGAGCACCUUCACUAUGAGGACAAGAUCCACGAACUGCUGAAUAUUUGGGUGGAGAAAGAAGGCAAAGAGGGCAGCUUAAAUCACCUGCUGAAAGCUUUACUUGAUUUAAAUCAGAGGCGAACAGCUGAGACUAUCAAAGACAAUGCCAUUGCCAAUGGUCAUUAUUGCCUCUCUGAGGAUUAAUGGGAGUUGGUUUGUUUACUCAGGAGAUGUCUUCUACUAUUUAGGUCCUUGUUGAUUAAAGUAUUCAAAAUGAAAUACUGAAGAAGCACUGAACAAGGUCACUAAGAAAGACGGGGUGGGUCAGGUUCUUAAAACGGAGAGUCAUGAGCGUUUUAGUUUCAUGGGUGUCGCUCGUGGUUGCAGGCCUUUUAUGGCUCAAGCUUGUUUUCGCCAGGACUUGUUGAAUUCACUUCUGACAAGUUUGUCAGAAGUGAGAGAGCGUGCCCACUAAAGUCUGAAGAAUGCCUUGUGUGAUCGGAUAUAUGGUACCUCCAACAAAACAUCUGCUCUCUUCAGGACCCUGUGGUGCACACAAGGCCGCAGACCGGGGUUCACUCAUUAAGAAAAAAACAGUAUUCUUACCAAGAGCAUACUUCACUAAAUCAGGUGCUUUUAUUGGUAGAAACUUUUUUUUUGCACUUUGAGAGCUCUGAUGGGAAAACUCAGGCUUCUUUUAGUUAUUAUUCUUAAAUGAAAGCUUGAAUCCAGUUCCUCUGUUUUAGUUGGGUAAUACUGGAUUCUUCAUGCACUCAGGCUGCUUUAUGCAAAACAAGAUUACUGCGCUGAGGUCUUUAGCUCACAUAGUGGCUGUGAUGCUCAUCAGUCUAUUAUUUCUCAUGUGUUUUAUUGAAGCAAAAAAUAUUUAACAUCAAGAAUGAAUGUCUGAAUUGAGAGCACUGAUCAAUGGAACAUGCUGUACAUAGAAUAAAGGUUUAUUCAAAGAUAAA